UGAACGUUUCUCCCCGUUUCAACCCUUGUCUGUCGUUGUAAUUUUCGUCUCCCCAUCCCAUCGUCUCCAAUCCCUUCACUAUCCCAACUUCUCUCCGCAUGAAAGACAACCAGAAGAUGAAGACGGGAAGUAACCCCAACCCCAAGGGCUCUUCCCACAAGCCAUCUUCUUCGUCGUCUAAUCGGAAGUCCAGGUGGGAAUCCGGCAACAAUCCUAAUUCCGAUCGCAAUUCUGGUGCUGCCGGUGACUCCAAACCAUCAAAACCCACCUCAGGUCCCAAAGAGGACGCCAAAACUGGCCCGUCGAAGCCCGCUGUCGACCAGAUCCCUUCGUCGGGUCCCGGUCCCUUUCCGCCGUCAGGGCCCGCUGCCGGAGCUCUCUUGCCGUUUCCGGACCUCGCUGGCAUCGGUCCGCCGCCGCCACCCGCUUAUGGGUUUCACAUGCUUGAGCGGCGAACGAUUGUCUUGGCUGAUGGGAGCGUUCGGUCUUACUUCGCCUUACCACCAGAUUAUCAGGACUUCCCAACUCCCAUACCGCGGUUGGAUAUUGCUGAUAGGUUUUUACCCUUAGGGCCUGGCGGUCAUGGACCUGAGCCUGGGGGAUUAGGGUUCGGUUUUGAUAAGCAUUUUCCCCUAGGUGGGUCGUUGAGCCCUGAUGGGUUCCGUCGCGAUCGCAAUGAGCUAUACGGGCGUGGCGGGCAGCAUGAUUACUGGAAUCACCUUGGACUUGAUGGCCGUGGGCCGCCACCGCUGGAAGGCUCGUUGAAAAGGAAGUACGGAGAUGAGGAUGAGAGGGAUGAACUUGCGCGUCAACGACAACAGCUGUUCCGGUACGGGAACCCCAAUUGUUUUCCUUCUGGUUCUGGUGAGCGGGCCGAUUACUUGGCUGGAACAAGUAGUCCAUUCCGUCGGGAUGCACCAAACUCUGCCAGAGGAAUGGAUGAUUUAAGGUCUUCAAAGCAAAUGAGGGUUGGCGGAGAUUAUGACGAUAUACCUUCCCGGCGUGGUGCGCCGGCUGAUGAUGUGGGUUUGAAGCAUCCUGAGGUGGACCCACAUGCUCUAAAGAAAGCCUUUCUUCGGUUUGCAAAAUCGCUUAACGAGAAUGCUUCUCAGAGGAAGAAUUAUUUGGAGGACGGGAAACAAGGGCCACUCCAGUGCCUUGCCUGUGGCAGGGUAUCUAAAGAUUUUCCAGAUGUGCAUGCUCUUGUGAUGCAUGCAUACAACUCUCAAAAUGCUGAUUUGCGUUAUGAUCACCUUGGCUUACACAAGGCAUUGUGUGUCCUGAUGGGAUGGAACUACAUGAAACCUCCUGAAAACUCAAAGGCAUAUCAAUCAUUAUCUGCUGAUGAAGCGGCUGUAAGUCGGGAUGAUUUGAUUAUGUGGCCACCAGUGGUCAUCAUUCACAACACAAAUUCUGGAAAGGGCAAAGAUGGCCGCAUGGAGGGUUUGGGAAACAAAUUGAUGGAUACUAAACUUAGAGAUCUUGGCUUUGGUGGUGGAAAAUCCAAGUCUUUGUAUGGUAAGGAUGGUCAUCUGGGCAUUACAGUGGUGAAAUUUGCUGCCGACCAAUCAGGCCUUAAGGAGGCCACACGCCUAGCAGAAUUCUUUGAGAAGGAAGGCCAUGGGCGUGAGGGUUGGGCCCGUGCUCAGUCCUCAAAAUCAGGCAAGGACGAUGAAAAUAAUCCAAACCUGGUGAAGGUGGAUGAGAAGACAGGGGAGAAGAAAAGGAUCUUUUAUGGGUACUUAGGAACAGCAUCAGAUCUGGACAAGGUUGACUUUGACACAAGAAAGAGGGCUGUUAUAGAGAACAGAAGGGAAUUCAAGCCACCUAAUUAAUCUUUGGCAAUAACACAAGGUAUAUUUAGGUAUUGUCAUGUAGAGGCUAAACUUCCUAUCUUUGUUUUUCCAGUGACUGACUUUUGUGGGGUAUAGAAAACCUUUUGUUGUUUUGUUUUGAGGCUGACAUGUUCAGCUAGUUGUGAGGUAACUUGACUGGCUGAUUGGUGCAGAUUGGGGUUCAUCUUACGUUCUAGUCUGGUUAAUUCUACCCUCAUUUUCAUGAAUGUGAGUCUGCGAGUUAUAUUUGUCAAGGUGGCAUGUUUGGGUAUAUUCGGGACAUUUUGAUGUGGCUGGUGGCCUGGUGCCACAUGAAGAUCAGAAUAUCACAGCCAUUAGAUGAUCCUAACUGCUCAUGGUUGGGUUUUUCAUUGCAUGUUAUACUUCAGAGUCCAACUAAAUGAUAUAUGAUGGAUGCAUUCCUUUUGGAUUUUUUUUUCAUCCACAGCUGGAUAAAUUUAUUCUGGUGGAAGAUGAAUUUUCUGAGGUCUCGGGGCAAAGGGGACAUUCCUUUAUUGGCUAUCUAUUGCGGUAUUGGCCUGCAACAACAAACUUUUGGUUAUUUUGUUGGACACAGUACAAAUCUCUGGUGUUUCCUUUUCUGCUUUUCCUUUUAUUUUAGGUUUUUCUUUUUUGAAGAAGGUUACACCAGCGGGGCCUGAUAGAAAUCAUCAAAGGUGAUGCAACUAGGACCUCGAAAUCCAGAUCCUCCUAGCCCUUGGUUCUUCUGCUUCCUUUUGAUGGCCGGUCCAGAGCUUGGUUGCCGUGAUAAAAUCUUUGCGCAGCUGUCACGUCUCACUACCCAACAGUUCUGUCUAAGAUGAUCAAGAUGAUUCUUUAAGGGAUUAUGCUUUGACCUUUCAAGCACUAAUUCAAUUGUCUUAGAGACCGCUUUCGUGAACCCCAUUUCUUGCCAUCUUAACAUGCUUUCCCAUUCACAUGAGUUGUCUGUACGAUUUGAUUUCUUGGCUUGUUUUCGCAGAUUUGACUCGGUAUAUUAUUUAUGGAUGGCAUUGUUGUUCUCGUC